AUGCUUGCCGGAAACUAUUUGUUCAUCGCUGGGCUCUUGGUAAGCCAGGCCGUUGGACAUGGCCUGAUUACUCGCAUCCAGGGCGCGAAUGGGGUCGCCAUGCCUGGGUUGACUGUGGUGGAUGGAAUGCCCCGGGACUGUCCAUCCGCCGCAUGCGGUGGGCAAAAGGACACUGCUGUCAUUCGUGAUCAGGAGAUGGGGAGUAUCAAAGCCUCUGCUCUGGGUAGAACCAUGGGAGGAGGUCCAGUCGAUGCUGCUCGCGUCAUUGAUAAGUUUAUGGGAACCCCCAAAGGCAGACGUGGCCACCCUACUUCUGCUGACCGACAAGGUCGACAAUUGAUCAACGAUGCUGCAAGUGUUGUCACCAAUGCUGGGGGUACAAUUUUGAAUGGCGUGCAGGAUAUCGCAGAUAAGACCCCCUUUGGCGGAACGAUUAAGAGUGCGCAAUCUGCGGUCGACGAUGUCCUGAGUAUUCUCCCUGGUCUCAAAUCGGGCGCAGUCACCGCAACAGGUACGAAAGAGAACGGAAUUCAGCUAUACAGCGGAAAGGGAUCCGCCCAUGGUCUUCCGACCGCAUCUCAAGAUGGCAUCGUGACGAUGGUCUACCAUCAGGUGAACCAAGACGGGGCGGGCCCUCUAACAGCCGACAUUGACCCUUCCAGUGGCGGAACGGACCCGAAGGCGUUUGUCCGAGCCAAGGUCACCCAGAACAUACCCGGGGUUGCAGGAUUUUCUACAUCAAGCACCAUGGACUAUGAGGUCAAGAUCAAGGUCCCGUCAGGUGUCAAGUGCCGAGGAACUGUCGGUUCGGCGAAGAAUGUCUGCAUUGUGCGGGUUCGCAACACGGCCAUCUCAGGCCCAUUCGGUGGGUCGGCUGCCUUCACACAAUAA